UGAUCAUCCCUGUCCUUUGAGUUAAAUUAUUUUUGGCUCAGGCCAAUCCAAGCACAGCAGAAUGCAGGAGGCCAACUCCAUUAACUGAUCAGCUAAUGAAGCUCUCACCUAUAAAAUGGCAGAAAUGAAGCCCAGCUUUACACACACAGAAGAAGCUUAGAUAUAUAGAGCUUCUUGCUUUGUGCUUAUUUUCCUUGUCACCCCAGAAAUCUUUUCACCAUGACUUUCUCUGUGAUCAGAUCAGCUAGAAGCAUGGUCCGGCCAUCUGGGCCGACUCCGUCCGGCGUGCUCGAUCUCUCCUUCAUUGAUGGAAUGCCGGCCUUGCGGACCAAAGUUAGAGCUCUGCAUGUGUUCAGGCAUGGCCAGGAAGCUGCAAAGGUCAUAAGUGAAGCCUUGUCUAAGGCACUGGUUCCAUACUAUCCCAUGGCGGGGAGGCUAAAGGAAUCAAGCCAAGGGGUGCUCCAGAUUUCCUGCACUGGAGAAGGCAUCUGGUUCGUCCAGGCAUCUGCUAAUUGCAGUCUUGAAACGGUUAAUUAUUUUGAUAAUGUUGGCAUGACGCCAAACGAUAAGCUCCUUCCAGAUCAACCUUUUGAAGCUAAUGGCAUGGACCCUCUUGUGCAAAUGCAGGUGACUGAGUUCACAUGCAGCGGGUUUGUGAUAGGAUUCAUCUUCUGCCACGCCAUUUGCGACGGCCUAGGAAUGGCACAAUUCUUGAACGCAGUUGGUGAAUUUGCGAGAGGCUUGCAGCAACCCAGCGUUGCACCAGUCUGGCUUAGAGAAAUCAUCCCAACGCCACCACGACUACUCCGCGCAGCCACCGGACCUACCCCCCGACGACCACCACCGCCCUCGUCGCCACCACUUACCAUGCCGGAUUACAAGCUACAACAUGCCACCAUAGACAUUUCUCCAGAUGGAAUCAACCAACUGAAGGGAGAGUUCCUAGAGCUGACGGGGCGGACCUGCUCCACGUUUGAGGUGGUAGCUGCCUGCCUGUGGAGCUGCCGAACACGAGCCAUAGAUUUCAAAAGGGGCACCCAAGUCAAGCUCGUCUACCUCGCCAAUGGCCGUCACCUCUUCAAUCCACCAUUACCGAAAGGUUUUUACGGCAACUGUUUCUUCCCAAUAAACGUGACAGUUUCCAGUGAGGCACUGUCGCAGGCAUCCAUUGCCGAGGUUAUUAAGCUGAUACAGGAGGCCAGGUCUAGAGAGCUCAUUGAGUUCACCAAGUGGUUGGACGGAGAUUCUGGGGAAGCUGGUGCAGACUCAUAUGCUCCUUCUGUCAUCUACUCUAGAUUGGUUGUAUCUGAGUGGGGCCGUUUGGGGUUGAAUCAAGUCGACUAUGGGUGGGGCCGUCCAGUUCAUCUUGUCCCCAUUGAAGGCUCUACCAUAGCCCCAGUUGCAAUCAUAGGAUACCCACCUACCCCAAAGAAGGGCAUCCGUCUGAUGACAUGGAGCGUCAAAGGGGCCCACUUGCCAUGCUUCCUUGAGCAGAUGAUGAACCUGGGUUUAGAUGGGAGUGGAGUGUCUCUAGGAUUGUUAAGAUCAGCUUCUUUGUAGGGUUUCUUUUCUUUUCUUUUCAUUAAUUUUCAUAUUUGUAUCAAUUAUCUUUGUAUUUUCCGAGAUACAAAUCUACAAAUUAACCUUGUGUUUUCAUAUUAUUAA